UCUGUCAAUUGUCAGAAGUCCGUUACAUUAUUUCGUUUAAAAAUUUCAAACGAUUUGAUUGCAAUUUCGAGAUUUUUAUUUAAAUUUCCCAUGGUUAUGAAGUGAAACAUGUUGAAAAAAACAGUUGUAUUAAAAGUAAUUGAAAUGAGGCUUUGAUAAUAAUAAAAUGACUACUGAACAAGGAGAAAAGCAAGGAGGAAGUCCUGAACCCGUUUUAAAGGACCCGGGAAAACUCCCUGAUAUAAACGAUUUCAUUAUCAUAAAACCGAUAAGCCGCGGAGCCUUCGGUAAGGUGUUUCUAGGCUUCAAAAAGAACAACGAAAAGGUAAUGUACGCAAUCAAAGUAAUGCGGAAAACCGAAAUGGUCCACAAGAACAUGGUAUUCCAAGUGGUGAACGAAAGAAACGCUCUGGCCCUCACAAAGAGCCCCUUCUGUGUGCAGCUGUUCUACACCCUGCAGACGGAAUCUUCUGUCUACCUGGUAAUGGACUACAUGGUCGGCGGGGACCUGAAAUCCCUUCUCAGCGUUUACGGUUUCUUUGAUGAGGCUAUGGCUACGUUUUACAUAGCCGAGGUGUGCCUCGCCCUGCAGUACCUCCACAAACACGGUAUCAUUCACAGAGACAUCAAGCCAGAUAAUAUGCUGUUGUCCAAAGAGGGGCACGUCAAGUUGACGGACUUUGGCCUGUCCAACGUGAACCUAAGCAGGGACCUGGAGAUAUCUGACUUCGAGAACUGCACUCCUAACCUAUGUACUCGAACUCCUGGGCAACUACUUAGUCUGACUUCGCACUUGAGUUUCGGUUCAGGGAACUCCAAGUAUGUGCAUGACAUUAUUUCUGGGAAUCUCCGAAAGCAGGAUGGUCGGAAGCUGGAUAUGUCAAUUUUAAACAAUUCGAAGCUUGAAAACUGCUCUGCUAUGUCUGGCAUAACCUUCCUUUCAGCAGGAGAUACUCCUUCGAAAGUAGAUCCUGACAGUUCCUACUACACUUGCCAAAGCCUGGCAGUUGACGAUAGCUCCACCCCUGCUUCUUCUCCAGUGAGCAGAAAGAUCUCCAGCAGGUGUGGAUUGUACAAAUUGCGCAAUGACAGAGAAAAAAAGAGAAAAUACUCAAACACAUCUCCCCAGCAGCCCAGGAAGGCCUACCUCAAGACCGGCCUGUCAGGGGAGAUGGAAAUCCUGCGAAUCGAAGCCACCAGCCCCAAGGGAGUGACUUUUUCAACUCCCGUCUCGGGGCAGAAGACCAAUAAGGUAAAAGCAACAAGAUUCGAGCUGCCCCAUAGUGAUCCUCUAGCAAUGAAGUCUGGAGACGUGUCCUACACUGUCAGUCCCAUUCACGACGAAGUGGUAACGCCUAAAACCCCUAGAACUCCGUACCGUACUCCAAAGUCGGUUCGCAGAGGCCAGUGGAGCUCAGAUCACAGGGUUCUGGGAACCCCGGACUACUUGGCCCCCGAGCUGCUCUUGAGGAAGGGGCACAGCAACGCUGUGGACUGGUGGGCUCUUGGGUGUUGUUUGUACGAGUUUGUGACGGGAAUCCCUCCUUUCAACGAUGCAACAGCGCAAUUAGUAUUCAAAAACAUCCUCGAGCGUAAUAUUGAGUGGCCUAGUGAAGACGAGGCGCUCCCCGAUGAAAUUGUGCAGGCGAUCGAAGCUCUGCUGGUGGAAGAUCCGGAAAAACGAGCCAAGGCGGAGGACAUUAUGGAGAUGGACGCCUUCAGGCAUAUAGACUGGAAGAAUUUGUUGUCUGUGACUCCACCGUUUGUACCGGAGCCUUGUGACAUGACUGAUACUGGGUAUUUUCAGGCUAGGAAUGAUUUGUUGAACUUUAACUUGUCAAACUUUGAGUUAUAGCCCUGUUUCUGUUGUUGAAUGUAAAUAGUGUUGGGUGUUUGUGUGUAUGGUAACUGUCAUCGAAGGUAGAAAGAGAAAGUGUCUCAAUGGGUUUUAUAAUUUUUAGUUUGUCUGAUUUUUUUUACUUUGUAAAAAUCUGUUCUUGCCACAUUUUGAAACCAAAACAUUGUAAUAAGGUUACUGAAGUUGGUGAUUAUAUUGCAUUUUUCAGUAAACCAUUGAAAAUUAAAAACAAUAUCUCAAAUUACC